UUUCGUGUUACUAUAAAGUCUGUUACAGUGGUUGCUUUACUUCUGUUCUGUCUUUAAAGGAAAUCUGGAAAGUCCAAUGACGUUGGACAGGGGAAAUAAAAGAUCCACGAUCCAGUGAGAGACAGAGAAGUAACAGAAACCACUCUACCUAACUGAGAAGGAAAAAAAAAGAGACUAAGGAACACUCUGAACAUGGCCUCAGAAAUGGUGAUGCCAGCCCCCAUGUGCCUCAUUGAGAACACUGGAGAGCAACUGGUGGCUAAUCAGGAAGCUCUGAAGAUCCUGUCAGCCCAUAAGAAUCCUCUUGUUGUGGUAGCUAUUGUGGGCCUCUACCGCACAGGCAAAUCCUACCUGAUGAACAAGCUGGCUGGGAAGAACAAGGGCUUUUCUCUGGGCUCCACAGUGCAGUCCCAUACGAAAGGAAUCUGGAUAUGGUGUGUGCCUCAUCCCAAGAAGCCAAACCACACGUUAGUUCUUCUGGACACUGAGGGCCUGGGAGAUGUAGAGAAGGGUAAUAACCAGAAUGACUCCUGGAUCUUUGCCCUAGCAAUACUCCUGAGCAGCACCUUUGUGUACAACAGCAUGGGAACCAUCAACCAGCAGGCCAUGGACCAACUACACUAUGUGACAGAGCUGUCAGAUCGAAUCAGGGCAAAAUCCUCCCGUAAUGCCAAUGGGAUUGAAGAUUCAGCUGACUUUAUGAGCUUCUUUCCAGAUUUUGUAUGGACACUGAGGGAUUUUUCCUUAGAUUUGGAAGUAAAUGGACUACCCAUCACAGCAGAUGAGUACCUGGAGAAUUCACUCAAGCUUAAACGAGGUACCACUGAAAGUGACCAAAAUUUUAAUCUGCCCCCGUCUCUGUAUCCGGAAGUUUUUUCCCCAACAAGAAAUUGCUUUAUCUUUGAUCGGCCCACUCACAGGAAGAAGAAGCUAGGCCAGCUUGAGACAUUGCAUGAUAAUGAGCUGGAUUCUGAAUUUGUGCAACAAACUGCAGUCUUCUGUUCCUACAUCUUUAGCAAUUAAACUAAAACUCUUUCAGGAGGCAUCAAAGUCAAUGGACCUCGUCUAGAGAACCUGGUGUUGACCUAUGUCAAUGCCAUCAGUAGUGGAGAUCUGCCCUGCAUGGAGAAUGCAGUUCUGGCCUUGGCCCAGAUUGAGAAUGCAGCUGCAGUGCAAAAGGCUAUUGCCCACUAUGACCAGGAGAUGAGCCAGAGGGUGCAGCUGCCCACAGAAACCCUCCAGGAGCUGCUGGACCUGCACCAGGCGUGUGAGAAAGAGGCCAUCGAACUCUUCAUGAAUAGUUCCUUCAAAGAUGUAGACCAUUUAUUUCAAAAGGACUUAGGGGCCCAACUAGAAAAGAAGCGAGAUGACUUUUGUAAACAGAAUCAGCAAGCAUCAACAGAUCGUUGCUCAGAUUUACUUAAGGAUAUUUUCAGUCCUCUAGAAGAAGCUGUGAAGCAGGGGGUUUAUUCUAAACCAAGAGGAUAUCGUCUCUUUAUCAAGAAGAUGCAAGAGCUAAAGACGGAGUACCUUCAGAAACCUGGGAAGGGGAUACAGGCUGAAGAGGUUCUUCAGGAAUACUUGAAGUCCAAAGAGUCUAUGACUGAUGCCAUUCUGCAGACGGACCAGACUCUCACAGAAAAGGAAAAGGAGAUCGAAGUGGAACGGAAAGCCGAAUCUGCACAGGCUGCAACAAAAGCACUGGAGGAAAUGCAAAUAAAGAAUCAGCAGAUGAUGGAACAGAAAGAGAGGAGCUAUCAGGAACAUGUGAAACAAUUAACUGAGAAGAUGGAGAGGGAUAGAAUCCAGUUGCUGGAAGAACAAAAGAGAACUCUAGCUUGCAAACUUCAGGAACAGUCCCAACUACUAAAGGAAGGAUUCCAAAAUGAGAGCAAACAACUUCAUAAUGAGAUAGAAAAUCUCCGGAGGAACAUGGCAAGGCCAAGGACAGUAUGCGUCAUAAGCUGAAGACUUAAAGAACAGAGCUUUAAUGGUCAUUCUUUUUUUUUAUUUUAUUUUUUUAAACUUUUAAUUUAUUUGACAGAGAGAGAUCACAAGUAGGCAAAGAGGCAGGCGGUGGGGGCAGGGGGGUGGGAAGCAGGCUCCCUGCUGAGCAGAAAGCCCAACGCAGGGCUCAAUCUCAGGACCCUGGGAUCAUGACUUGAGCUGAAGGCAGAAGCUUAACCCACUGAGCCACCCAGGCGCCCCCUCUGGUCACCCUUAACCAAGGCAUAGCUUAAGUAAUUUUUGAAUUUGUAAAUACAGCAUUACACUUGAAAAUAAUUAGGUCUUGCAUUUUUAUAACACUAUAAAUUUGCAAAGACAUGCAGUGCUAUAAUUAAAAUCAUGUCCAUCCUCCUAAAAACAUUGUAAGUUGUGUAACAAAGGUCAGUUUUACCUCUUUAACAACACAGAAGGUAUUUCAGCUGGUACCAUUCAGGAGCAGUUUAUUCUUCCGCGUGACCAUUAGUUGACAAAUGGAUAAAAACCAAAUCUUAAGUAAAAAUUUAAGAACAAAGUGGGGCAUCAGUUUGGCCAAGUGUACAAUGGGCUUCAAUGUCAGGGACAACCAUCUUAGCUUUUUAGUGAAGAUGGUGUGUGUGCAGUUUUCUACUGUGUCACAACUGCACAGUCUGAGCAGUUAUGUGAUCACUAGGCCCUGGAAAAGGACAACCUUCCUGAUGGAUUACAAGCUGAAGCAAGCCACCUUUUAUAGAGACCCAGAACUUCUACAGAAUUUUCAUAAGAUGGAAGAAAUCAUUAGCAUGAGUAGGGUUGGGUCACAAACAAACAGGCCAAAAGGAAACUCUCCUUUCUUGCUCAAUUCACCCAGAUUAUAAAUUCAAUGAGACAUUUUAGAAUUUUAGGUAAUUGACACUGAGCUGAACAUAGUAACGUGAUGACAAUUAUGCAUUGUGUAUUUAUAACAAUAUAUAAUUCACAAAGAUGGACCUUAAAUGAUGAUGGAUAAUAUAUUAGAAAACUGAACUAAAUUAUUAGAUUGUUUAUAGUGUAUAAUUUAGGCAAUAUUUUCCCAGUUCUUAGCAGUCUAUACUUGGAAGUUUGCUGAUUUUCCCCCAAAGAAAUUAUAGAUUUCUUUUUAUAUUUUUUGGCCAACAAAAUAGUGUUCUUGGUAUUACAUAGUGUAUAUAGAAUUUAUCCUAAUUUUCUAAACCCUAGGUAGGUGGUUGUUUCUUAAAAUGAUUAAAAAUUAUUUUCAACAUCAUUCUACAUCAGGGAAAUACAAAUCAAAACACAAUGAGAUACCACCUCACACUAGUCAGAAUGGCUAAAAUUAAUAAGUCAGGAAACAACAGA